AUGGAAUCGGGUUCGAUAGAGAUCCCGCUCAGGGAUACAGAUGAGGUCAUCGAGCUCGACUUGAACCAGCUACCCGACGGCCAAGAAACGCUGACGAUCUUGAAACAGGAGAAAGCACAGCUGCACAUCUGGGUGAACUUGGCCUUAGCUUACUACAGGAAAGGAAAAGAAGCUGACAUGGUGGCCUUGCUGGAUUGCGCCCGGCAAGGUUUCAAUACUUGGGCAUCUUUGGACUAUCCCGAGCACGAACAAGACCAGAUGAGGUGUUUGGAUACUCUCGCCGCCUGGUACGUGCGGAAGGCGAACCUGGAGAAGAACAAGGACCUCAAAACCGAAAUGUUCACCAAGGCCACUCUCUUGUAUACCGCUGCGGACAGGAUCAUCAUGUACACCCAAAACCAUCUGCUCGGUAGAGCGUACUUCUGUCUGCUCGAAGGCGACAAAAUGGAUCAAGCCGAUGCGCAGUUCAACUUCGUGCUCAAUCAGAGUAAUAACAACAUUCCAUCGCUGCUUGGGAAAGCCUGCAUCGCCUAUAACAAGAAAGACUAUCGAGGCUCGCUGGCAUUCUACAAGAAAGCUCUCCGCACGAAUCCAAAUUGUCCGGCGGACGUCCGCCUGGGUAUGGGAUUGUGCUUCUUCAAACUUGGGAAACUCGAGAAGGCUCGUCUGGCUUUUGGGCGGGCGAUAGAGUUGAAUCCUAAAUGCAUCGGCGCGCUGGUUGGUUUGGCUAUCCUGGAGUUGAAUACCAAGUCAGCUGAAGGCAUUCAGAGCGGAGUCACGAUCUUAUCGAAGGCAUAUACGAUCGAUUCAGCGAAUCCGAUGGUUCUCAAUCAUCUGGCGAAUCAUUUCUUCUUCAAGCGUGAUUUUCAAAAAACUCAAACUCUAGCUUUGCACGCCUUUCACAACACGGAGAACGAGGCGAUCCGAGCGGAGAGCUGUUACCAGCUCGCUCGCUGUUUCCACAUCCAGGAAGAUUACGACCAAGCUUUCCAGUAUUAUUACCAGGCGACAAAUUUUGCCUCUGCGAAUUUCGUGUUGCCUCAAUUCGGCCUUGGGCAGAUGUACAUGGCCCGGGGAGACAACGAGAAUGCAAUGUCGUGCUUCGAGAAAGUUUUAAAAGUUCAUCCUAAUAACUACGAGACCAUGAAGAUCUUGGGCUCACUCUACGCUCAAUCGGGCAACCAGAACAAACGGGAGCAGGCCCGCAACUUCCUCAAGAAAGUCACCGAGCAGUUCCCAGACGAUGUUGAAGCCUGGAUCGAAAUGGCUCAGAUCUUGGAACAGAGCGACACUGCGGGAGCAUUGCAGGCCUACGAGACUGUCAAGAGCAUUUUACAAGAAGAUCAAGCGGAAUACCUCCGGAAUUUUAACACAUGGCGUCACUCGAGUAUCGGCUCGCACGACGCCUCUGUGUGGUUCAAAGACGCCCUCCAGGUUGACGUUCAGAACCCAGACUGCUGGUCUCUCAUCGGAAACCUACAUUUGCAUAACCGGGAAGUGGGUGCGGGACAGAAAAAGUUCGAGAAGAUUCUCAACAAUGAAACCACGAAAUCCGACACGUACGCCCUUGUUGCUCUUGGGAACGUUUGGCUGUGGACGUUGCACGAUACGAGAAUGGAUAAAGAGAAGGAGAAGCGUCAUCAGGAUCGAGCUCUGUCAAUGUACAAACAAGCCCUGCGGAUAGAUCCCAGAAAUAUUUGGGCUGCGAACGGAAUCGGUGCUGUGCUCGCCCACAAAGGCUACAUCACCGAAGCUCGGGAAGUCUUCGCGCAGGUCCGAGAGGCGACAGCCGACUUCUCUGACGUUUGGCUGAACAUCGCUCACAUCUACGUCGAGCUAAAACAAUAUGUAUCGGCGAUCCAAAUGUACGAGAAUUGCCUCCACAAAUUCUACAAGUACGAUAAUGUUGAAAUUCUCCUGUAUUUGGCGAGAGCCUUCUACCGCUCGGGGAAACUCCAGGAGUGCAAGAACAUUCUCCUGAGGGCCAGACGAGCGGUCCCCAACGAUUCUCAAAUCCUGUACAACAUCGCCUUGGUCCUCCAACGCCUCGGAAUGCAAGUGCUCAAGGAUGAAAAGUCGAACCUGAGAACAGUGCUGCAAGCUGUUUCCGAGCUUGACAUCGCUCACAAAUUCUUCACCACGCUCAGCCAAACCACCGGCGGCAAGUACAACCCCGAACAGGCCAUGGCCGAAGCACGACAGUGCUCCGAUCUUCUGAAUCAAGCGCAAUACCACGUUGCUCGGGCGAGGAAACUCGAUGAGGAGGAGAAAGAGUUUAAAAUCAAACAACAACGAGAGCGUGAAGAGCUCCGGGCCAAACUUCAGGAGAAACAGAAAGAGGAAGAAGAGAGGAGACAGAGAGAACGUGAGGAGCUCGUUGCCAAACGUCAGCAGUUUGUUGAACAGAGCAAACACAAGACUAAAUUCGAGGAGAUGCCGGUCGAGGCCAAACCCGGCAGGGGAAGGAGAAAUAAGGAUAAAGGCGAAAUCGUCACCUCGUCCGACGAGGGGAGCGGACCUGGAGGCAACGACGAGGAAGGAACCGAGUCGAGAAAGGAAAAGAAGGCACGGAAGAAGGAGAAGAAGAAAGGCGAGAAAAAGACGAAACGAACUGAAGAAACAAAACAGAGUCGUAGGCGGAAGCGAAGCCCCAAAGCGCCGAAAGGCAAAGCCAAGAAGGCUGCCGAAAGACUUACCGAAAAACAGAAGGGAAAAAUUCGGUCGAAGGCGACGAUUUCGAGUUCCGACUCAGAGUCAAAUGCGAGUCGUGCCAGUCCCGCUCCUGAGGCCAGCGGGGACGAAGACCGUGGCGCGAAGAGAAUCAUGUCGUCGGGCAGCGAAAGUGAAGGGGACAAGGGCAAGCGAAAGAAGGUCAUGUCUGCCUCCGAGGACGAAGUUCACCAUUCGGACUCGGGAAGAUCGCGCUCGCGAUCCGGAUCGAAAUCUCCGUCGCGAAGUGGGUCUCGAUCGGCCUCGGGAUCCCCAAGGAAUUCGAGAUCGAGAUCGAAGUCAGGCUCUCGGCGUUCAAAGAGUGCUUCCGAAUCGCGAUCACGAUCGGCAUCAAGAUCCGCUAGCGGAUCGCCCAGUAGGUCGAGGAGCCGGAGCAGAAGCAGAUCGGCCUCACAGAGCAUCGGAUCCAGGUCGCCUUCUCCAAACAAAUCCGGAGGGGAAUCCCCAUAGAAAAAGGGCACCGUUUGCAUGCAGAGAUCGGGCCGGAGAAAUAAAGAGCAUUCAAAGAGACUUUCUCCUU